AUGCCAAAGGGUGUUGUCAACAUUGUUCCAGGUUUCGGUGCCACUACUGGUGCUGCUAUUGCCAGCCACCCAAAGAUUGACAAGGUUGCUUUCACUGGUUCUACUGCUACUGGUAAGGUUAUUAUGAAAUUGGCUGCUGAAUCCAACUUGAAGAAGGUUACUUUGGAAUUGGGUGGUAAAUCCCCAAACAUUGUUUUCAACGAUGCCGACUUGGAUAAGACUAUUGAUAACUUGGUUGUUUCUAUCUUCUACAACUCUGGUGAAGUCUGUUGUGCUGGUUCCCGUCUCUUGGUUCAAUCUGGUGUUUACGACGAAGUUGUUGCUAGAUUCAAGAAGGCUGCCGAAUCCCUUAAAGUUGGUGAUCCAUUUGAAGAAGACACUUUCAUGGGUUCCCAAGCUAACGCUAACCAAUUGGAUAAGAUCUUGAAAUACAUUGAAGUUGGUAAGGAACAAGGUGCCACUGUUGUUACUGGUGGUGCUAAGGCUAGUGACAAGGGUUACUUUAUCAAACCAACCAUUUUUGCUGAUGUUAACAAGGAUAUGAGUAUUGUCAAGGAAGAAAUCUUUGGUCCUGUUGUCACCUUGAUCAAGUUCGACACUGUUGAAGAAGCUAUUGCUUUGGCUAACGACUCUGAUUACGGUUUGGCUGCUGGUAUUCACUCCACUGACGUCAACAAGUGUAUUGAUGUUUCUAACAGACUCAAGGCUGGUACUGUUUGGGUCAACACUUACAACGACUUCCAUCCAAUGGUUCCAUUCGGUGGUUUCAGUGCUUCCGGUAUUGGUAGAGAAAUGGGUGAAGAAGUCUUGAAGGAAUACACCCAAGUCAGAGCUGUCAGAAUGAAACUUAACCCACUUCCAUAA